AUGUCAUCGUUUAUAAAAUACAGAAACGAAAGCACAGUGAGUAUAGAUGAAGCAUGUACAAAGGACAGUGUAACUUAUUAUAAAAUAACUGUUAAAGUUGGGCCCGUUCACUGGACCGUACUACAUCGUUACAGCGACUUUGAUGAACUUCAUGAAAAGUUGGUGUCAGAUCAUGGAGUUGCGAAGGAACUGCUACCACCAAAGAAAGUUUUACGGAACAAGACACCUAAAUUUAUUGAACAAAGACGUGAAGCGCUCAGUGACUAUCUAAAGAAUGUUUUUAACUAUUUGAGGCUUUCUAUGCCUACUAUUUUUGCACAUUUUCUUGACUUUCACCUAUAUGAUAUAUUUUUCCUGCUUCAAGAUUUAGCUAAGAAAUUAUUCUUAGGUGGUGAUAAAUUACUUCAAAACGAAAAAUCCCACAAAUUCAGUCCUAUAGAGCUACAUGCAAUAAGUCGGAGAUUUAAGAUUGAAUGCCCACCUACAGAGAAACAAGAUCAGAUGUAUGAUUUUAGUCAUAUCUUGGAUUUUUGUUCUCAAGUGAACUCCUUAAGUAUUGAAGGCAGCUAUGAGAAUCUUGGCACCAGUAACAUUGUUCCAAAUGAACUAAAGUUUGACCUCAUACCUUUCAAAACUUUAAUGGAAUUGAAAAUACUUGGUGUACCAAUGGGGUGCAUACAAAGUGUUGGGAGCCUCCGUGACACACUUGUCAGUCUGUCAGUGCUCGUAGCUAGUGUUGUGUCGCUCAAUGAGUUCCUGCUAGUUGAUGUAUUGCACAAGGAUCCUUCUAGUAUUGCUGAAACAGUGACUUGGAAAAAACUGUCUGUCAUCAACUUUGGCAGCAACAAUAUAGAAAAUGUUGAUUGGGCGAUCAAACUGGUGCCGAAACUUCAGCAUUUAAGUCUUUCCUCAAAUCGACUUACUGAGCUUUGUGAUAUAUCAUGCCUUCACGAGCUUCGUGUUCUGAACCUAUCUAUGAAUAGUUUCUCAUUGUGCGAGAAUUGGCACGCAAAGAUUGGUAACAUAGUGAGAAUUGAUUUGUCACAGAAUAAAGUUACUUCGCUGCAAGGAUUUUCUCGUUUGUACUCCCUGGAAAGCUUAGACCUUAGCUGCAAUCUUAUAAACGACAUAGAAGAGGUCCAAUAUAUAUGUAAGUUACCAUGUUUAGAGUAUCUGUGGUUAACAGCGAACCCAGUGGCAACCUCUAUAGACUAUAGAGUGAAAGUCAUAGAACAAUUCAAUGCGCGAAUGUCUGAGAUUUGUUUGGAUAACGAAAAAGCGUCAGAGAAAGAAAUGGACACUGCAAGGGUUCUGCAGGCUUUGCGAGUUGUGAAAGAAGGCAAAACUCCAAGUUUCCUAGAGAACAGUAACACAUCCCAUAGUUUUUAUAAAAGUUGA